GAGAGGAAUGACAUUCCAGGACUGAGGCUUGCCAGUCGUCACCACACCCUCUCAGGGUUUCGGGCGUCUGCUCUGUUCUCAUAGGGGUGGGGUCAGGUGGUUCCCAGGUACACCAACAGCACUCUACCUCACCGGAGCACGUGUGUGUGGGCCAUCUCAGUCUUUACUCUGACACACACCGAUACAGGUGUGGCUCCCGUUUCCUGUAAAGAGACACUGAGGAAGUGCACCUAGAAGGGUCUUCAAGAGACAAACCAUUAAACCUUUAAGUGCUCACUGGAUUGUAUGACCCAUCUAAAGACCUGGGGAAUUGACAUUGGAUGUCAUACAACACUUGACUGCUGCGGAACUACACAAGUUGAAGAGGACUAUUCUUGGAAGGCCAGUUCAAGUCACCAGAGAAAACCAGAACAACUGGGUACAGCAAAGCUUAAUGUUCAGAAAAGAGCCUCAAUACCGUGUCUGAGAUCUGACAUUGACAGUCACAGACCCCAUCUACCUGUGUUUCGUCCUCUCAGCCGCCUUUAACCAGCCAUCAUGAAUCUGUCUCUGGGCAGCUCUUAUGGAGACGUGACCAUCCCUCGGGCCAAGCUACGUUCUGCAGAGGACAGCACGAUCAUCAUCAACCCCAUGGCCCUGGAAAGUACCUACAGCAACCGCAACUCUUCCCUCAACCCGUACGGUGCCUUCAAACCCAAUGAGGAGUCGCAAGCCCCCUCAGACGUUACCAAGGGUGGGGAUGGUGACGCCUCAAACCCCUCGCGCUACAACGGCCAGUCCUCCUACACAGUGCAGGAAGACAAGGAAGAGGAGGUGGGUCGCUCUCGGGCCUGCUGCCUGCGCUGCCGAAGGAAGUGAACUGGCAACUUCCACCCAGAUCAGGAAACUGUCAAACAACAACCGGCUACAAAGGUUCAGGGUAUAUGAACUAAGACAAUCAAGGGACACUGUCGGAAGACACUGUCGAACCUGGUGUUACCAGCUGGAUUAAAAGCCAAAGCCAUCACUGGUGAAAUGUAUAGUUUUGAAGGAUUCAUCAGUGGUAUCAUUUAAAUUUUAUGCAAUUUCCAAAGGGAUUCUUAUUGAGAUUGGAUGCAAGAUGCACUCAGCCACUAUGGCAGAAUCUUCCUUUGAAACAGAAGUGUUUUGCAUAAGCCUUUCACUUACGACUUUGUAUGCUUGCUUGUUUUUCUUCUAGUCGACAAGACUGUGCCAUAUAUAGCUAGGGGUUUUUUUGUUAAAUAUUUAUACCCUAAUCUCUUCAUGCCUUAUUAGAUUUUUUUUAUCUGUCAGUGUUUGAAAUGACGUCAAAAAAGGCCACUUGGGUGGAUGAUGCAACUAGCCAGUGUUCAGGGAGUGGUAGAGAGUAAGUCAAAAUGCCACAGUACACAUGUCAAGGAAUUAAUAUGCAACAACCUUUUACUUGCUCUGUCAAACCAACCCGUCACAAAAGAUGACAUGCUAGGCCUUUUUUGAUUUGUCAUGGACAG